AUGGAUGACUGGCAGGACGCGGCGCUCAGCAAUCGACAUCUGCACAAUCGAGUCGGCAAGCAUGGUAGAGGCAAAGGCGGAAAGAGCAACGGAGCAUUCAAUGUGCAAAAGACAUUCGGAACAUAUGAGUUGAAGUGUCCGGCUGCUGCUAGGAUCCCGCAGACAGCAGGAGAAGGAGAAGUAAAGGGCAAGAGUCCCCGCGAGCCCAGAUUGGAGGUAUAUAAUUUGAACGAGCUUGGAAACGCGUUGGUAGGCGAAAUGGUCUUGCCUGGCGCGGUUCAUGGUACUGUGCUGUUGGCGGGGAGCAGAAAGACCUUGAAGAUGGCUGAGCGAGCGGUCGAGCUGCAGGAGGAGGUCGAGCCGGACGAGGAGCAGGACGAUGUCGAGGCGGGCGAGAAGCAGGAGGAGCAUAAGAGGGAAUCAUCCGAAGACGAUUGGGAGCAACAGAGAUAUCAUCAGUUCGAGAAGAACAGUUUCCGCAAUCCGAAAUUCUGGCUCCGUUGGCAGGGCUACAAGGAGUCACACUCUCCUGGUGGACAGCAUGAAGUGGAAGUGUUGUUGACAGGAAGUGGAUACCUCGUCUUCUCAGGCAACAAUUGCGAAAAGUUCGACGCGACUCUGAGUUGCGACGCGCUCGGCUGGGACAACAUCAAGUUGAAGGGGUGGAAAGCGCGAAGCCACUCUGCACGCGACUUUCAGAUUUCGUGG